CCGCUUUCUCUGUUUCUUCAACAUACUCUCAACACUGAACUCGUGCUCUAUCUGCUCUAUCUCUGUCUUUCGCUUGACCCCGAAGCUUACCAAGUAUAGUUAUUGACUAUGGCAAUUCAGAAGCUUGCGUUGAUCUUCAAAAACCCUCAUAAUGACGACGAGUUUCUGCUCGUUAAACAGUCACACCCGCCAAAAUUUGAUCACCAAGAGUACGAUUCUUACGUCGAUUCUGAUCUGUGGGACUUGCCCUCCGCUCAAUUGAACCCCCUGCAAGGAAAAUCCGGGUCUCAAUGUGUCGUGGAAGUUGCAGAAUCGCGUUCGGAAGAGAUUGAUUUGAAAGAAUUCGACUUACGCUCGGCUUUUAACGAGAUCUUUGAACAAAUAGGCUUUGGGGCAGUUGAAAUGGGAGUGUGGAAAUACUACAAGUAUGUGAAGGAACCUGCAUUUGGACCUGACUUGCCCAUUCAAACGGUCUUCAUCACGGGAGUAUUGCCAGCCGAGGACCAUGACUUACGAGAUAUAUGUAGAUGGAUGUCUGUCCAGAGCUGUCUUAACUGGCUUUUGGAAGUAAAACCAUCUAGCAAACGUGUUGGACCAUUGGUAGUUGUUAGUCUUAUAAAUGACUCAUUAGGUUCUGCGAAGUGGAAAGUUCCUCCAACCAUAGGUUAUCAGGAGUAUCCUCCUGGUGUUGUGCUUAUACCUAUGAGAAGUAGGACCCAAAAGCCUUUUCACACGACAAACUUGGUGGUAUUUGCCCCAGACGAUGUUCCAAGUGAGUCUGGGGAUAAAAGUUUUAUUGCAUGUGGAGAUGCUCUGAUAGUUGAUCCAGGAUGUCUAUCACAGUUCCAUGAAGAGCUAUUGAAAGUUGUUGCCACUUUGCCGAGGAGAUUGAUUGUCUUUGUCACUCAUCACCACUAUGAUCAUGUUGAUGGUCUCUCGGUUAUCCAAAAGUGCAAUCCUGAUGCUAUUUUGUUAGCACAUGAAAACACCAUUCGUCGCAUAAGCAAAGAUGACUGGUCACUAGGCUGUACCUCAGUUUCUGGAGAUGAAGAAAUUAACAUAUGUGGUCAGACAUUGAAAGUUAUUUUGGCACCGGGACAUACAGAUGGUCACAUGGCGCUACUUCACGUGAACACUCAUUCAUUAAUUGUUGGUGAUCAUUGUGUGGGGUGAGGUUCCAUUGUAUUCCAGGAAACAUGACUAAGCAAAGACUGAGCCAAGGAAGUGCUAUCCUGGACACAACUGGUGGGGGUAAUAUGACUGAAUACUUCAAAACCACUUACAAAUUCCUUGGGCUCUCUCCACAUUCUUUAAUACCAAUGCAUGG